UUAUGUGGAAACAACGUUGAUUCAACCAGUGUGUGCCCAGUGGGUCAAGUCUGUUUUGUUUACCUCAAUCUUCUCUGCACGUGAGUAGGGAGGGAGUGCUGGCGGAUUAGCGUGCUCUGAUCAUCACAGUCUACGUGCUACCAUAACAACAGUGAAUGAAGAAAGGCAGUUUAGAAUACAGUUUUCUCCUCAUUGCUCGUGUUUGUCAGUGUGAGAAUCUCUCUCUCUGAAUUUAAAUCAUCCUUCGGCCACUAACCAUGUCUCUGUCAGGUUCGCAGACUCCAGAGGACGGCUUGUACGAGUCUUGGGUGGAGCUGGAGGAGCUGCUAUCAGCGGUGAGCAGCAGGGAGAGUCUGACAGGACACGAACAGGACACAGCCUCCUGGGCCCUGCAGGGGGAGCUACAGAGGAUCCUGCAAGAGGCACAGCUCGAGAGUAAAGACAGUCCUCCACAGGUGGUGACUCCUCCACAGAGUGUUGCUUCCCCUCCCCACAGUGAAGGCAGCAGCAGUAUAGACUGUGUUACCAUACAGUCCGAAGAAGAAGGGGAGAGGGGGCUGAUUUCUGAGUGGGUAUGGGACUGGUCCAGUCGGCCUGAGAACCUUCCACCAAAGGAGUUUGUGUUCCAGCACCCGAAGCAGCAGUCAGGCUCCCUGAGUGUAAGGAAGAGUGAGGUGAUGAAGAGAGGCCUGUUCUCCUCCGACAUCCUCAUGAUCCUCAUCCCCUCACUGCUGGUCUCACACAUUCUCACACUGGGAGUGGGGAUAUACAUAGGGAAACGAUUGGCUGCCUCCACAACUAGCACUCUGUGAUAUAUGCUUCAGGGUAGCGCUCCCAUUUGUUGACGGCAGACCAAUAGGAAUGGCAGCCCUUGCCACAACACACCCCUUGCCCCUCUCUCUCGCUGUCAUGGGGCAACAUAGGACCAGGCCUUUCUUUACCACUGUCUCUCUGUCUGUCUCAAUAUGUCUGUCUGUCCACCACCCACCAGCACGUUGUGUGUCUGUCCAUCAGUCAGUCACCCAACAUCUCUGAAUCUGUGAUUGUCCCAGGGCCAGAGAGAGAGUGUGUGUGUGUGUGUGUGUGUGUGUGUGUGUGUGUGUGUGUGUGUGUGUGUGUGUGUGUGUGUGUGUGUGUGUGUGUGUGUGUGUGUGUGUGUGUGUGUGUG